UAUGACCUAUAGGAAAGUCAAAUAUGCGUUUAUUCUUUACGUCACUGCUUUGUGACGUCAUUAUACAUUCUUUUCAAAAUGAGAUCUAGGCCUACAAAACUUUUGAUAUGGGCGACUGGUCUUACCACAGUAGCAUUCUUUUGGUUUCUUCACAAAAGGAAAUAUAUUUCGUUUACAAGGACAUUAAUUCGUUUAUUUUGUAAUUUCAAAAAUGAUGAAGAUGACGAUGAUACAAAAUUAUCGUCUACAUCUUUAUCUGAUGAUGACAAUGAAGAGGAACUAAGUAACGAUAAUUUUACGGACAUUCCACAAACAGACGAUAUUGAUAAGGAUAUUGGUGAUAAUAAUGAAGGCGAUUUUCAGAAUAAAAAUCCAAACGCCACGGAAAGUGUUGAACUAAUUAACUCUCAAGUUUCUUUUGAUGCUGAAAACUCCACCACAUGUAUACUCUCAUCUUCAACUGAUAGUUUUGACCUUUAUUGGGAAGACACCUCCUCGGGGUCUUCUAUAAAUGAGGAGAGAGAGACCCAGACAACGGAGUCUGGAAUCAAAGAAGACAUUGACAAAUUACAAUCCUCUCUGGAUGACCAGCUUUCUUCUCCUGUAGUUCAGACACUUCACGGGAAAAUGGUACAGACGGAAGAAAAUCCGAGAAUCAGAGACGACUUUCCAUUUCUGAUGGGCGGAUCGCCUGUUUGUGAAUAUAUAGGAAGAGAAUAUCGACAUGUUUCAAACACUGGAGAACUCAAUGUCAACAAUUCAACUUAGUGUCAAUAAUUCUAUUGUAUAAAUGAGUAAAAUAAAUGAAUAAUAACAAUAAACAAGAACAAAA